AUUCAGGAACACACACACAUGCACACCAAACCACUUCUCCACAACACACUGAGACCUACUCUGAAAAGCAGCAGUACACUGCUCCCAGCAGUUUCGUGCUCCUUAACAAGACCCGUUCCAAGAUGAAAGCGUCUCGAGAUGCCACCAUAUUCAUAGACCUGAGCUUUCUUUCUCCUGAGGAGGAAGCCGUUAUCCAGAAAGUCCUGCUUAGAGAUGAGGAUCUGAAAAAGCUCGAGAUGGGACGUGUAAGGAAGCUGAAAGAGUGUGUUCCAGACCCGAAGCAGCUGAAGGAGUUAUCAGGAGAAUGGUUUGAGGAUCUUAAGUCAAAGCGGCAUGGCCGCCAGCCACACGUCUCGGCCGUAGUCCGCUCCUCCAUGAGAUGGAAGAAAUCAUCAGGCCAAAGACCAAACCCCUUCCUAAAGAUUUUGCCUGAGGAGAAAGCUGGAGAAAAGAAUGAGACUCACCCAGAACAUUUCACUGACCCCCGAUUGAUUCACCCAGCUCUCAGUGUACAGCAAGACAACGAGGAUGAAGCGAUCGUUUUGGAAGUUAUCGAAGCAGGAAAUCAAUCAGGAGCAAAACUCCAAGACCCAAAACUUCUUGUUGAGUCCCCAAAACUAGAAAAGGAGUUGAAGACUAAAGAAAUCAACAAAGAGAUAUUAGAUCCUAGAAGAUCAGCACUGAAAGAAGACUGGGGUGUGGAGACCAGACCAAAGCAGACAACAAAAGAUUUCGAGAUACGAUCUUUCAGCGAUGCCCAGGAAACUUCGAAUUGGGAAAUACGUCAACUUGAUGAGUCCGAUCAACCCCAAUCAAAUGUUGUCUUAAUAAGCUCAAAACAAAGAACAGAAAUAGGAUUUAAAGAUAAGCAGAAUGACCCGAAACCUGGAGUGCUGAUGAAUUCUGGAUUUGGAUUUGAAGAAGCAAUCCAGUCUCCGAUACCAAAGAGAAAAUUUGGGGAAAUCAGAAACAUCACCAACAAGCGAACAACUCCAACACAGACGGAAGAGUUGGUCAUAGAUGUGAAUAUAAAAAACAAUCCAGAUGUUCUUGAGGAUCUAAAAACAAGUCCAGUUAGCAAUGUAAAUGCACCCGGGUAUGUUCAUGUGGAUCCAAAGAGUUUGGAAACAGAAAAGAGAGGAAAGGAAAGAGUUGUUGAGGAAAUCAUAGUCUCUGACUUCAAACAGAAAUCUACAGAGAAAAUAAUCGUUGAUAUAGAUGUGGACAAGAAUCCAGAUUUUCUUAAAGGUCCAGUUCAUAAUGCAUCAAAAUCUGCCCAAAUGGAUCCAGUACAGAAUGGAAAGGAAAGAGUUAUGGAAGAAUUCAUAGUGAGUGACUCUAAACAAAAAUCUCCAACAAGACUGAAGGAACUGAUUGUUGAUUUCGAUGUGGAAAAGAAUCCAGAUAUUCUUGUAGGCCCAGAUUAUAAUGUGAACACACCAAAUAUUCUCAAAUUGAACCAAAGUUUGGAUCCAGAACAAAAAGGAAAGGAAAGAGAUGUUGAGGAAAUUAUAGUCGCUGACUUUAAACAAAGAUCUUCAAAAAGGACAGAGGAAAUUAAUGUGAAAAAGGAUCCAGGUCUUCUUGUAGGCCCAGUUUAUAAUAUAAAUGCACCAAAAUCUCCCAAUUUGGAUCCAGAUCAGAAAGGAAAAGAACGAAUUUGUGAGGAAAUUGUAGUCGCUGACUUUAAACAAAGAUCUCCCAAAAGAUCGAAUGAACAGAUUGUUGAUUUCAAAGUGGAAAAGAAUCCAGAUAUCCUGAAAACUCCAGUUAAUAAUGUAAACACACCAAAAAUUGUCAAAUUGAACCAGAAUUUGGAUCCAAAACAGAAAGAAAAGGAAAGAGCUGUUAAGGAAAUCAUUGUCACUGACUUUAAACGAAGAUCUCCAACAUGGACAGAGGAAAUGAAUGUUGAUAUAGAUGUGAAAAAGGAUCCAGAUCUUCUUGUAGGCCCAGUUUAUAAUAUAAAUGCACCAAAAUCUGCCAAUUUGGAUCCAGAUCAGAAAGGAAAAGUUUUUGGGGAAAUUGUAGUUGCUGACUUUAAACGAAGAUCUCCAACAAGGACAGAGGAAAUAAAUGUGGAAAAAGAGCGAGAGUUUCUUCAAGACCCAGUUUAUACUAUAAAUGUACCAAAAUCUACCAAUUCGGAUCCAAUUCUGAAAGGAACAGAACAAGUUGUUGAAGAAAUCAUAGUCGCUGACUUUAAACGAAGAUCUCCAACAACAUCGAAAGAACUAAUUGUUGAUUCUGAUGUGGGACAGAAUCCAGAUAUUCUUGAAGUAUCAGUUAAAAGUAGAAACCUAGAAAGACAUGUAAAUUGGGACCAAAAUGGAAAGGAAAAAGCUAUAGAAGAAAUCCUAGUCGACAACUUUAAGGGAAGAUCUCCAACCAGGACGGAGGAACUGAUCAUUGAUGUCAAUGUGGAAGCAAAACCGGACAUCUUUGAGGAUAUUAAGAACGGACCUGCUCCAAAGUCUGAAGUGGAGUCUGAAAGUGCUAAAAAAGUGGUGGAAGAAAUCGGAGAAGUGGAACCAGAAGGUAGUUCUAGAGACCAGGAGGAGGAUGAAGGUGGGAUCUCUGACAGCGAAAUUCUGGCUAGCGUGUACGCACGUGCCACUAGGCCCAAAAUGGGUGUGUCGAAGAUCCAGUUCGCACGAGAUCCAGUUCAAAAGACUGCAGACGUGAUUCCGACUAUAGUAAUCGUGCCGUCUGAAUCUGAGGAGCCGAGCGAAAUGGAGCGAGUGAAGAAGGAAACUCCUGGCCCUGAAGUGCUUGUCGAGGUCACAAAACAUGUCACGGAUACCUGGGAGGAUGAAAGUGUGGACUCGGAUGGGGACAGCAGCUCAGUUUCCAGCCAGGAUUCAGAUAUAUCUGGAAAAAGGGGCCAGCUUUCUGCUAGUACCCUUUCAGUCACAGAGCGCACUGCCAGUUUGCUCAGUGUCUACAGCGAUGCUGGCGACUUCAGGAACGUGGCGGUGCGUGGAUCGGUGGAGUUCGCGAUCAUGUACAGUCCACUCGGAGAGCUCGUCAUUAUGGUGGAGCAAUGUCAGGAUCUGGCCAUCGCAAACCUGGGCAAACAACGCACAGACCCAUAUGUGAAGACAUACCUCUACCCAGACAAGAGGAGCAAAAGGAAAACUUCCAUCAAGAAACGUACAGUCAAUCCAGUCUAUGUGGAAUCUUUGAGGUACAAAGUAAAACGUGAAGAAUUGCAUGGAAAAAUUCUGAAUUUGUCUGUAUGGCACAAUGACUCCCGAGGUAGAAAUGCCUUUUUAGGGCAGGUUGAAAUAAUUCUGAAGGACUGGGACUGGAAACAUGAAACACUUACAUGGUACAACCUCCAACCAAAGAAUGCAGAUAAUCAGGAAUCGCAGGAAUGCCGUGGCAUUUUAUUCAUCUCAUUGAAAUACAUAUCUCCAGAAGCUACAGGUGGUUCCAGAGUCAGCCGGCCUACAGGAGAGAUUCAUAUCUGGCUUCGUGAGGCGAAAAAUCUACGUCGUCUGAAAGCCCAAGGAGUCGACUCCUUUGUGAAGUGCUACAUGUUACCAGACACGAGUAAGAGUCGUCAGAAGACCCGUGUGGUGAAGAAAACUCAGGACCCUGUGUACAACCACACCAUGGUGUAUGAUGGCUUCAGAGUGGGCGAAGUGAGUGAGGCCUGCUGUGAACUCACUGUGUGGGACAACAACAAACUGUCCAAUCAGUUCCUAGGAGGAGUGCGUCUCAGCCUCGGCACAGGCUUGAGCUACGGAAAGAAAGUCGACUGGAUGGAUUCGGAGAGUGAGGAAGUGGAAAUCUGGAAAAAAAUGAUGGCUAAUCCGAACAGCUGGGUCGAGGGAGGGCUUCCGUUAAGGUCUUCAAUGACACCCAGGCAUUGAGAGUAAUCCCAAAGACCAGCGACAACUCCGAGCAGUUUGAUGAUUACUUUCCAGAGCGUUAAUAAGCUGUUGAUUGCAUAAGCUUUAUAAAUGGUCCGAUUUCCAGAAGGAUUUCUGGAGAUUUCAUGUAAAAUGGAUUCAUAUGAUACUGGAUUUGUAAAUAUUUGCUAAUUGCUGCAACUGUUUCCAACACAGCGACUAUUGGAUCUGAUUUUAUAGGAGGAAUUCUAAAUGAAAUAUACUUUUUUAGAGAUUUUCUGCUUCGCUCACUGAAAUGUUCUUGAAUGUAGUCACAAAUAAAUCGGUGAAAGGUG